AUGUCUGUAGUAGCAGGACCGUCUAAUGGUGAAGACACUCACGCCCCAGACGAUAGCGUGGAAGAAACGGAGAAUUCUCACUGCUCCACACAGACAGAUGAAUAUGGGGACGGCUUCAUCGAGCCAUAUCUCACCGCUUACCACCUGGGGAAUCUGGAUGCAGAACAUCCAGGGGAGAUCGCGUCGUCUCAACAGGAGCCUGGCUUUCAUAAUGCUUCUCUCUUGAAAGAUACGCCGACUAGGUCCAGUUACGACGAAGACGACAUUUUACAAGACAAUGAGUCAACUCAUACCAGGGUGGAUCGCAAUGAUUCGGAAGACCCAACAGACCACUACUAUACGUGCAUUGGUGACCACGACUAUACCUACAUCGACAACACAUCAUCAGUAGUGGGUACAGAAGGCUCCGUCGCGUCACGUAGUCGCUAUUCAUCUCAAGAAACCGAGACAGCGGCAAACACCUCACAACAAGAAGAGCAGAGAGAUACGCCGAGAUGGUCCAGCUACGACGAAAGCUACUAUACUUACAUUGGUGACCACGACUAUACCUACAUCGACAACACAUCAUCAGUAGAAUUUCCCAACUCCGGGUCUGAGAAUAGCAUGUCAAUAACCACGGAACAGGCCAAAACGUCUGAAGAUAUAAGAAACAGACAGUCCACAAAAUCCUUUGGUGUUGACGGGCAUCCACGCACGGUCACUGUGUCUACAAGUGGGAAUAUAGCCGUGGCGUUUGCAGGGCAUGGAAUCGGCAUCUAUGACAGUGACGGUGUCAUCCUCCUAGAUUUCAUGACAGUUGUGGAAAAAGGAAAUGGAAGUAUGACUCGUAUUGACCCCCACGAUGUUUCGUUUGGUACCAUCACAAACGACGACGUUUGGAUUGUAGGAAGUGAUGGUGACAUGUCCCACUACGUCGCAUCGUAUGACUGUUGUGGACGUUUUAAAAGUAGUUUUAACAUUUCUUAUACACAAAUAUAUCGUAGACUUGCCCUGAACAAGAUACAAACUCUUGUCAGUGUGACAGAGACGGUGAGACAUCUCGGCGCGGUGAAUGUUUUUAGUUUGAACGGGACGCUAGAGCGAAGUUUAGGGCGGCAGCAGGGCCUGAUGUACCCAACAGGCAUCGCAUUUGACCACAAUAGCUCCAUUCUAGUAGUGGAUUCCACCACUGCCUACGUUUACGUGUAUCAAGACAGUGGGCGGUUCCUGUUUAAGUUUGGAGGAAAAGGAAGCAACAACGGCCAGUUGAGCCUCCCCCUUGGCAUCUGUACGGACAGUUCUCGUCACAUCAUCGUGGCUGACUCCGGAAACAGGCGGAUUGAGCUGUUCACAAGCCGCGGGGAAUUUAUCCGCUACAUCGCUACUGAUAUUGACCCUCUGAGCAUUGCCGAUGGUCCAGGUGGUAAGUUAGCCCUGAACAAAGUGUAUGAACAGAAAGUAACCAUUCUGACAAACUAUUAA